ACGAGUAAUUUACAUCAAUAUAUUUAAUUAGAUAAUAGAUCCAGUUUCAUCCUAGAUAAUGGAAAAUGGAGUUUAUUUCUGGAUUUUUACAUAUCCACUAAUAUAAUUGUUUUAUGUGAUGUUGAUUUGUGUUAUUUUUCUUCUGAUAGAAUGGAGUUUUCAAGUUGACUCCAGAAGUAGCGAUUACUGGAGCGAUGAUUACUUAGGAGAUAAAAACUGCAUGAAAGAAGACCUGAUUGUCAAACUAACCUCUAACAAAGACGACCAUGAUGGAGGAUGUGCCAGUGUGUCUGGAGACUUUAGUGAUUCUCAGGUCUUUGAUCAAUGCAAACAGAAACUGGCUACAGAAUUAGGAAAAAAAUGUAGAAUGAUAAAAGAGGCAGGAGAACUGUUGUACUGCAAGAGUGAGAAAAUGACCACCUGUUGUUUUUAUAAACACACAUGUGUUAAAUCUGGAUUUGAGAGGGAGGAUAUGGCAGUUGUAGAAUUAAAAAGUUUUAUAAAAAAUCAGGUUAUUUUUUGUACUGAUGAUAAUGAGUAA